AUGGCUUUCGGCUUUGGAAGCAACGCGGGUGGUGCAGCAGGAGGAUCAUCCGUUGGACCUGAUUUGGAGACUAUUCAGACAGAGGGUCUUGGUUUCUUACCUCUUGCUGGCGAGGCAAAAGUUCGUCUUACUUCAGCAUGGUCUUCCUUACCCGCCUCGACAUCAUGCCUCCUUAGCGUCGCCUCGAGAAGAGGUCUUGUCGCUGCUGCCGGACCCGACCAAAUAACAAUCGCUACGACCGAAUCUGUUCGAAAGGCAUUCAGCUCGCCGAAAGAGGGCGAGUCAGAAGUUCGCGCUUUUGAACCCCAGCUGAAGAUGCCAAUGCCUAUGCGGGUUUCGCACCUCAGUUUUACUGCCGACGAGAAUUAUUUGCUGCUGUCAGCAGAGUCAGGAGGCGGCCUUGCGGUUUAUGAGGUGCAAAGCCUGCUCCAGGGAUCAUCUAAUUCUGCCUUUGAGCUACCCACAAACGGGGAGUCCUUACGGUAUCUGGCGCCGAAUCCUACGGCAGAAAAGUCUGAGCUCUGCGCCGUUGUGACGAACAAUGGAAACUUGUACAUGGCCAACUUGAAGGAACGCAAGUUGAGUAACCCGCUGAAGACGCAAGUAAGCUGUCUUAGCUGGAGCGCCAAGGGCAAGCAGCUCUGCGCUGGUAUGGCUGAUGGCAGCAUUUCUCAAAUGACUCCUGAUGGAGAAGGUAAAGGAGAUAUCCCCAAGCCUCCAAACUCAGGAGACUGUCAUGUUUCGUCUCUUACAUGGCUGGAAAAUAACCUGUUUCUUACUAUCCACAGCGCAACAAAUGCGUCACCUCCUAGCUCCAUCUACCAUAUUGUCACCCGACAAUCGCAAACAUCAUUUACAUUCCAGAAAUUAACGGACCCCGUCGAGCCUUUUGGAGCAGAGAAAGCUCCUCACCACGCCAUCUUGCGGUUACGGGACUUUCUAAAUCUGCAAGAUCUUCUGAUUGUCUCGUCUACUGCUUCAACAGAAGUCGGUAUUCUGACAAGAUCAAAGACGCCUUUAGCCAACGAUAAGCCAGCCGAUUCCAUCACGAACGUGUUCACCACUACUGAAUUCUUGGAGGAUACAAGACGACCAACCUUGCCCAUGACAGAGACCAUGGAUGAUUCGGUUACUGUUGGUGUUGCCUUGGAUCUUUCCAGCACAGAAAAAGUUUACAAGCCUAUUCCGUCAGACGAAGAACUAGACCAAUCUCCUGGUCCAUUGCCUGGAUUCUGGGUUCUAACUCACGAGGGUGUUCUUUGCUCUUGGUGGCUGGUGUACAAUGAAGCAGUUAAACAAGGGCACAACUAUCCUGGUCUGGCAAUGAUGGACAGUAGCAGUCAGUCGGCGUCAACAUCGACAAAAGCUGCACCGUCACUUUCCGCCUCUCCCUUUGCUGCUGCUGGGCCAUCUCCAUUUGCGGCAUCAACGCCACCAACCGCCGCACCAGCUUUUGGAAACUCCUCGCAGCUUGGGCAAAAAUCCUCACCAUGGGGAUCAUCAACUACCACAUCAGCAACGCCCACUGGUGGCGCUACGUUUGGCUCCAGUACGUUUGGGAGCUCACCAUCUGGCACAGGCUCUGCGUUUGGUAAGACCGGCGCACUGGGCUUUGGGCAAUCUUCGCAGCUGGGAAUGAGAACGUCUCCGUGGACGUCCGGUGCUAGUUCGAAACCCGCCUUUGGCCAGUCAGGCUUCUCUAGUUUUGCUAGCGGAGGUAGCAAUCAAAGCCCCUUUGGCACAGCCGCUGCUCCUGCGUCCAACUCUUCCGGUGCGGCGACAACCACGACAUCAGGAAGCGGAUUCUCUGCAUUUUCAUCUCAAGGCGGCUUUGCAUCGCUCGAUAGUAACAAAAGCAGCUCAGGUGCAUUUGGGAGUGGCAGUACAUUUGGCGCAAGCUCAUUUGGCACCCCGGCAAAGUCGAAUAACACAGCAGAUGCUUCUUUCCCGGCCAAGCAAGACAAACCGCUCGUCAACCCGUUUGCGUCAUCAACACCGUUCAAACUAGAGUCUUCCUUCAAGCCUGAUCCGUUCCAAAAAGACUCCAGCGAAAAGCCAUCUGCCGCCUCUGGCGGCUCAAUGUUUGGAAGUGCAUUCGGGUCAGCCUUGGGCGAUGCAGCCAACAAGCCUAGCGAGGCUACUUCUUCUGCCAAGGACGAGGACAUGGACACUACUGGGGCAACUGAAGAAACACCCCAGAGCAAGCCGCGAUCAAUAUUUGUCUCUCAGCAGUCACAAGAAUCUACUACCCCGACGACCACACCUGGGCCAUCGAGAUUUAGCUUUGCCACCUCAUCGACUCCGGGAACCUCCCUUUUUGGACAAGCAACCAAAACCGAAACCCCUCCAUCCAGUGGUCUUUUUGGAACUCCCAAAGACACGCCAAAAACUGGCGGCUUCUCUGUGUUUGGGUCAAACAAGCCCGCUGAUUCACCCGUUGCGGAGCCGAAAAUCAAAACGGAAGAGCAAGAUGCCCCCUUACCACCUGAUGCAACAAGCAAGGCAGUCUAUCCGCUAGGCGACUCGUCGUCAUCUUCGGCAACAUCCAACCGCAGCCAGUUGUUUGCAUCCGGCACUACGCCAUUGAAGACUGACUCUACGCUGUUAUCAUCCGAUUCCACCACGCCGAAGCAGUCAUUGACCCAAACCAACGCUGCGGCGCAAUCAGUCUUUGCCAAGACCAACAAGUCAGCUGAAUCAACUCCUGCAACGGAAGUGACCAAGGCCGCCAAACCAGCAGAAAAUCCAACCGUCGUUGAAGAUGCUCCGUUGCCCCCUGACUUUACCAAGAAGACUGCCAAUCAGGCUUCGCCAGCUGCUGACUCCAGCAAGGCCCCAAUAUCAAAUAAAGGCAAUGAUGCACCUGCGGCGUCGGGAUUCAUUCUGCCAAAGGCGCCUUCGAAGGAGCCAUCGAGUAUUCCUUCACUCCCAGAGACGGCAGAAGAAGAUGAGAGCGACUUGGGCGAAGAUGAUGCAUCAGAGGGCAGCGGGGUCGAUGUUGCAAGGGAUCUUAGUCCAAGCACGAGUGGCCUUCAUGUAACGCCCGGUUUCACCCCACAAAGUUCAUUCGGUGGUGUGGCAGGGACGACUCCAGGGACAGCAAGACCAGAAGAUAGGGCCCGUCCGUUGUUUGGGGAAAUCAAUCGCAACGCACCUCUCUUCCCCAAGCCAAGUCAGGCCAGCCCUCGUUCGCCUAGUCCUAUACGUGGUGCGGUGCCGCAGAGAGUCAUUCGAUCCGAGGCCUCAAGGUCAGUUAGUGCGCCGGGAAUGGCAUCGCAGAUUCUUGGACCAAGACAGUCCCAAGUGCAUCACGGGAAUCCCAUUAUCGGCGGCAGUGAAAAGCAAUCACAAGGCGAGGACCCCUUUAUGCUUCAGCAUAGACGUAUGAGGGAAAGACAAGAGGCGGAAGAGACGCAACCUCUAGUUGAUGAAGAAGAUGAGGAGGUGCAAAAGAUCCUGGCGUCGGAAGUUGAAGGGACUUUGCAGCUUGACGAGUUUAUCGCGCACGCAAAUGUCGCUCCACCUGCGAAGGAGAGUGUUCCCUCCCAAGUGGAAGCUGUGUAUCGUGAUAUUAACUCUAUGAUUGAUACACUUGGGCUUAACACUCGUGCUGUAAAAGCAUUCACCAAGGGCCACACAGAGUAUGCCGCAGAGGACGGUCGAAGCAAACGCGACCUUGAUAGCCCGGAUGAUUGGGUCCUUUGUGAGAUUGAUGAAUUGGGGCAAGUCCUGGACAAUGAACUGCACGCGGACCUCGAGGAUGGUCGCGUACAAGAUCUGGACGACAAAUUGGACGCUUGCCAGGACCUGUCACGAGACAUGCAACGACUACGAGCUAAACAAGAAGAUCUUAAGAGAGUCAUCAUGAGUCGAAUGGACCCGGAGCAAGCAGAAUUCACACGCACACUGCCACUCAGCGCCGAGCAGGCGGCUCAACAGAACGAGCUGCGACGGGAGUAUGCCAACUUUACCAAAUUGCUUACGGAGGCGGAAGAAGCAUUGACUCUGCUCAAGACAAGGAUUGCGGCUGCAUCAAGCUCAUCGGGCAGAGGAAGUACCAAUGUGCCCACCGUUGAAGCGGUCAUGCGUACCAUUUCCAAAAUGACGUCAAUGGCAGAAAAGCGAAGUGGUGAUAUUGACGUGUUGGAGACACAGCUGCGUAGGAUGAAGCUUGGUGCUAGAAGCAGAGAAGGCUCUCCGAUGACGCCACAGGCGAGAAGGAGCAUCAUGAUGUCGCCAGACUCUACUCCAUCUCGCAACUUCCGCCAAAGCCUGACAAUGUCGUCCAGUGUCUUAUCUGUGCAUGGUGCGACGAAGGGCACGCCACCGCGAAAGAAACUUAGUGGGUUUAGCAAGGAUGAGAAGAGUGAGCUGAUGGAAAAGAAAUCUCGCCGGCAAGCGGUACUCUCAAAGUUGAAGUCCAACGUAGAGAAACGAGGCGUUGGAGUUUGGAACAUGGAGGAUAUUGAUUAG